UGCAACGAACAACGAACAAGCAGCAGCCUUACAUUUCACACACUAAAUUUUUUAAUCCCUAAACUUUCUCUCUCUACAAAAAAUUUACACUCUCCUCAAAACGCUGUCGUUUGUGAAUCCGAUCGAGUAUUCUACUUUGCAGAAGAAAAAAAAAGGCUUCACUAUCUCACCGAAAUAUUGUUAAAAUCUGAGGGACAAUAACCCUUGGUGUUUCCUUAUUUACUCUCGGUGGAGUGAUGGUGAUAGACUGUUGUACUUGAACUUCAGAGCAUGUGAGUGAAAAUUUUGGAUUUUUGUCAAAACUCUGAGACUCUGGUUUAGCAUGGGGAAUGCUUGUUGUGUUGCUGCUAGGGAUAAAAAUAUAGUAAGUGGACCAAGUACUGAGAUUUUGCAUAGGAAUAUUCGCUGUUCGCCGACAUGGAGUUUUAGGUGGGAUAAUAGAGGGCGAGUAGCAGGGGAGGAUACUUCAGUAACUUGGCUUUCAGAUGCAAAUAGUAGGAAUGAUGGACCAAGUAUUAAAUAUGAAUCAGCCUGUACAUCUGAGGAUGGAUUCUCCAUGGACAGUUUGCAGAGAUGUACAUGGCAGAAGUCCCCAACAAUGUCUGAAGGUACUGCACAUACAACGACUCCUGCUUCAGCAGAUCAAUCUGUUUCAAGGACUAUCUCCAUGGACACAAGCUUAGAACAGUUGAACAAAUUAACAGAAUCCCCAGCAGUUUCAGAUCUAUCUGCAACUAAAUUCUCUUUCAUUUUGCCUUCAACUUCAUCUGGAACUUCUCCAGUUUCCUCUCAAAGUUACAUGCGUCCUGCCAGCCCAACCGCUUCAAGUGGCCCUCACAAUUCUUCGGAGAAGAUAAAAGGGCAGGUGUCUGAUACCCAUAUUUCAGAAUUGAAAUCAUCAGACAGCUUUGCAGUUCCAGAAGGGAGGUCCUCAAUCCCUUCAUGGAGUAACGAAUCAACUCGAGGAUCCCAUGGCGGAUCUUCAGAUGGUUGGUCUAUGCAUGCAUUUUCUGAGCUCAUGGCUACUUCUCAUAGAGAAAAAUUGAGUUUUGAUAACGAUUCCUUGGGAUUUAAUCACGAGAAAGCCAGAUUUAGUGGUCGACUAUCAGCUUCUCCCUCUGUUGAUCUUCAAACAUGUGGGGUUUGCACCAAGCUAUUGACUGAGAAAUCUUUAUGGAGCAGUCAGAAGCUUGUUUUAAACAAUGAGCUCCCUGUUGCUGCUGUUCUAAUUUGCGGGCAUGUUUAUCAUGCUGAAUGUUUGGAGACUCUGACACCUGAAACACACAAGUAUGAUCCAUCUUGCCCUGUUUGUACAAUGGGGGAGAAGCAGACACGUAAGCUUUGUCAAAAAGCUUUUAAAGCAGAAUUGGAUUCCAAGGCAAAGAGCAAGAGAUCGAGGAAUCGGAUUGUCAGUAGUGAUUUCGACGGUGAUUCUAUCAUAUUUGAUCGUGUAAAAGGUAGCCGGCAUGAAGGGAAAGAUUCGAAGAUGACGUCCAGUUCCAGCAUGAAGAGCUCCUCAACGAAGCCUUUCUUGAAGAGACAUUUCUCAUUUGGAUCAAAGAGUAGUAAACCCUUAACGGAGAACCACUCCGUCAAAAAGAAGGGAUUCUUCUGGACAAGGUCCUUAAAAGUGUGAGGUCUUUCCAGCCAUUUAAAGAUUGCUGUGUUGAACAUGUCUGCAUUAGGAAAGGGAUUGUGAGGACCAACACAGGGUUUUGUCCUCCAGGUUUGGUUUACGAAAAUUUGUGAAAUUAUGUCAACGGAAAUAGCUUGUGGAGUUACAGUGUAAAGACAGCAAAGAAAUUGAUAGAAAGAAAAUUGUUAUAUUUGAUAAUAGAAAGUAAAAUUAAAUGCAUCAUAUUGAACAGAUGAUCUUAUUCUUAUGUUGUACAUAUUAUUUUGUUUCGUUUUCUUGCUUA